UACCCCAAAACGUUUAGACAAAUGGUGUCUUCUGAAACCCUCCCAAACAUAUAAAAGCCACAACUUUUGGACACCUUACAAUACUAAAUACUAUUCCGAAACGUUUCGAUUCUUUCUUCCCUCUCACUUUCCUUCUCUCUCUUUCUCUGUGUUAAUAAGUAAUUCUUUAAUGGCGAAAAAGAGAGAAGAAGGGGAAAUGGGUUUGUUCAUGGAAGGAGUAAUAGAGGGCAUGCCGUUGUUUGCCAAGGAGUUGGUGGCCGGUGGCCUCGCCGGUGGCUUUGCUAAGACCGUCGUCGCACCACUCGAGCGUGUCAAGAUUUUGUUUCAGACCAGAAAAGCAGAAUUUCAAAGCAUAGGGCUAUUCGGAUCGUUUAAAAAGAUUGCAAAGACAGAAGGGGUUUUAGGUUUCUACAGAGGGAAUGGAGCUAGUGUUGCAAGAAUUGUUCCCUACGCAGCAUUGCAUUACAUGGCCUAUGAACAAUACCGCAGAUGGAUUAUUGACACCUUUCCUGAUGUGUGGAGGGGGCCAGGACUUGAUCUUGUGGCAGGAUCAUUUGCUGGAGGAACGGCUGUUCUUUUCACUUAUCCUCUUGAUUUAGUUCGAACUAAGUUGGCUUAUCAGGUUGUUGAUUCUUCAAAAUUGAGUGUUCAAGCAUUAGCGAACAAUGAACAAGUAUACAAGGGAAUUCUUCAUUGUUUCUCCAAGAAUUACAAAGAGGCUGGAAUUAGGGGUCUCUACCGCGGUGUGGCUCCAUCCCUCUAUGGAAUCUUCCCAUAUGCUGGUUUGAAGUUUUACUUCUACGAGGAGAUGAAACGUCACGUCCCUGAAGAACAAAAGAAAAACAUUAUGGUGAAACUUGCAUGCGGAUCUGUUGCCGGUUUAUUGGGACAGACGUUUACAUACCCGCUUGAUGUUGUCAGGAGGCAAAUGCAGGUUCAACCGUUCUUGCCAUCAAACAGUGUAGAGGUGAGAGGAACGAUGCAAACCCUCGUUCAGAUCGCCCAAAAGCAAGGGUGGAAACAACUAUUUUCAGGACUUAGCAUCAAUUAUUUGAAGGUCGUACCAUCUGUGGCAAUCGGGUUCACAGUUUAUGACGUUGUGAAGUCGUACCUAAGAGUUCCAUCGCGGGAUGAAGCUGUGGUUGAAGUGGUAACCAAUAAAAGGAAUAUCCAACAAUCGUCUUUUCAGUCCCAGUAACAAUUUCUUUUAAAGUUCUACUUUGAGCUACUAUCCAGCAGAAGUUAAGUCAAGCUUUGUCUUACUUUCGGAAAAGUAAUUCUAGAUUUAAUAACUCUACCAUUUGAGUUUUCUUAAUUGAAAAUUCCAUUCUUUGGAACUGUAUAAUUGAAGACUAGGGUAUUGAGCAGAAUACCUCAUUACAAGGUCUCAAUAAAGGACGAUUUAUUUGUACGCAGACAGAAGUCCUUACACAAUGUACAUACAGAAGGUGGAAGGCUAAUAAAAAUUUCUACUGCUAUAAA